AUGGAUAAAUAUGAGGAGAUGACCAAGAAGAUAGGAACGUCUUCUUUGGUCGACCAGUUGUUGUCCAACACAAAUAUGCCAUUCUCUGCAGAAAUAAUGGCAAUGCCUCUACCUCCAAAAUUCAAAGUCCUGUUAGUAGAUCUAUAUGACGGCUCCAAAGAUCCCGUUGAGCAUCUUAAAACUUUCAAAUCCCAUAUGACACUUCACAGAUUCUUGGGAGAAAUUGCGUGUAGGGCAUUCCCUUUGACUUUAAAGGGGUUAGCGAGAGGAUGGUUCGAAACACUACAACCAGGUUCGAUAGACAAUUUCAAUGAAUUGGGACGACAGUUCUUAACCCAAUUUAUGGCGAGUAGAAGGCGCCAAAGGCCAACCGCGUAUUUACUGACUGUCAAACAAAGAAAGGAUGAAAGCCUGAAAGCGUAUCUGGCACGCUUUAACAAGGAAAAGAUGAUAGCUGAUGAUCAAGACGAGAAAAUUAUGCUGGCAGCAUUACUCGGGGGUGUUUGGCCGAGGCGUCCCUUUAUGGCUGAACUAGCCAAGAAAACCCCUUCCAUGUUGCGAGAGUUCAUGGAUAGGGUCGACGAUUUCGUAAAUGCUGAAGAUACACUUAUCGCCCUAACGACCCAUGAUGAAGGAAGGGGCGAAUGGGAACCUGGAGGAAGUCAGGGGAAGGACAAAGAAGGGGUUAGAAGGCAAGAAGAGUCCAACAGGACCAGAGGCAUGAUUGCAAUUUGA